AUGCAGUUCGCCGUUCUCAUCGCCUCCAUGGCCAUUGGUGCCAUCGCCGCCCCCCAGCCUGAGGUCACCCCGGCCCCCAAGGCCCGCGACAUCCAGAAGCGCCUCGAUGUCCCCGCCUCCUCGGGCUCCUCCGCCCUGUCCGACGUCAAGACCAUCGCCGCCGGCGAGUCCUUCGACGGAGGCAUGUUCGUCUACGACCGCGGCGUCGACUGCACCGGCCAGUCCGAGGGUGGCGACUCGGACGCCGUCUUCCAGAUCGAGGAGGGCGGCACCCUGAGCAACGUCAUCAUCGGCCCCAACCAGAUCGAGGGUGUCCACUGCCAGGGCGGCUGCACCCUCGAGAACGUCUGGUGGUCCGCCGUCUGCGAGGACGCCUUCACCAUCAAGAACCAGGACGCCGGCGACACCACCUACAUCAAGGGCGGCGGUGCCUACGGCGCCGAGGACAAGGUCCUGCAGCACAACGGCGGUGGCUCCCUCGAGGUCUCCGACUUCACCGUCGAGGACUUCGGCAAGCUUUACCGCUCCUGCGGCAACUGCAAGACCAUGUACGAGCGUCACUUCACCAUCACCGGCUCCACCGUCACCGAUGGAAAGUCCGUCUGCGGCAUCAACUCCAACUACGGUGACUCUUGCACCAUCACCGACACCACCACCGACGGUGUCAAGGACGUCUGCGUCACCUACACCGGUACCGACAACAACGACGAGGAGCCCGAGAAGAACGACGACAACGGAGACGGCUGUGACGGCACCUACUGUGUCUGCUAA